AUGGACGGCGAUAAGGCGAAUGAAAUACCGCGCCCGAUUGGCUUCGCGGGGCCGAACGGCACCGUCAUUCCAUUUGACGACCCCCGGGCGCCGAAGUUUGAGCCGAUGUACGUCUUAAAAUGCCGGCCGCCGCAGAACCCAAUGCCGGUGGCGACCAUCGGUCCGGCGCAGCCAAUGGAAUCCGAGGCAACAAUAUCAACGGCAGGAGCGAGCAGAAAAGGGAAAUGA